AUGUCUCUUAAGUUUCUUAUGGUUUUGGAAGGUGGGGAGAAUUUUAGUGUUGGGCAGAGGCAAUUGCUGUGCCUUUCUCGAGCAUUGUUGCAAAGGUCAAAGAUUCUUAUUCUCGACGAAGCAACUGCAGCAGUGGAUGUUGAGACCGAUGCUUAUAUCCAGAAAACCAUUCGUGAAGAAUUCAAAUCUUGCACCAUGCUAAUUAUUGCCCACAGACUAAAUACCAUCAUCGACUGUGACCGGAUUCUUGUACUUGAUGCUGGUCAGGUUCUAGAACACAGUACCCCAAAGGAACUGCUGGCCAAUAAAGAAAGAACAUUCUCGAAAAUGGUUCAGAGUACGGGUCCUGCAAAUGCAGAAUACUUGCAUAGCUUAGUUUGAAGAUGAGG